GCAUUUUGUUUUCACAACACAAUGUGCUAGAAUCUUAUCAAAUCCUCACAAGAAAUCCAACCCUUUUCCAGAAAGAUGAGCAACUGCACCUAUGGUCCUCCCAUGGAUUCCGAUGAUUCGGACAGUAGCUACGAUGGCUUUUACUUCUCAGAUAAGAUGAACCGCCCAAAACCAGCCCCAUAUGUGCACCCCGAGCAGAAGCUCUACGAUGCAGUUUUGGAUGGUGAUUUCGAGGCUGUGGUUAGGGAGAUAAAAGCUUUGCUAUUUCAUGUUGACGAUAGCCUUAAGGACGGCCCCACCAUCUUGAUGUACGCUUGUAUGAACGGACAAUAUGAACUAGCCGAGUAUCUUGUAGAGAAGUUAUCCGCCAAUGUCAAUAGACAUGUAGACUCUGUGAUGCCUUUGAUGCUGGCAUGUGAUUGCCAAAAAAAAGACGCUCAUUUGGUGGACAAAUUGGUGCGUCUACUCCUAAGGAAUGGAGCCGUCAUCAACGUGUCAGACAAGUACGGCAUGACGCCUUUUAUGUUCGCCUGCCGGAACGGCUUUACGAGCGUUGUUCGCAUGAUGAUCAAGGAAGUGAGCUUCGACGCCGUAGAUAAUAAAGGGUGUACACCAAUCUUCCACGCCAUCGAGCACAACCAUAUUGAGGUGGUCAAGAUUUUGGUGGAAGCUGGCGUCAAUGUCACAAUAGCCAAUAACAAAGGAUACACUCCAACUCAGGUAGCUGAAUGUCAUGGCUACUAUGAUCUCAUACAGCUUUUGCCCCAAGCACCAUCUGCGUACCUAGUGCCAUCCCAUUUCUUGGGCUACAGUACCCUACGAGAUCAGAUACCGCGCCUUUUCUUAAAAAGCGAUUGCCCGGAGUACUUUCAGGAAUUGAACUGCAUUCUCCAAUCAAUGGAAGUGCAAAACACGCUGCGGUACUUUGCCGAGGCGAGAAUAUCAUUGGCUGAGUUUCUGGUCAUGGAUGAGCAAUCUCUUAAAGAAAUAGGCAUUGAAUUUCCAAUUUACCGAAACAAAAUCAUGAAGGGCAUUCUGGACUUUCAUCUUCAUCACUGGUCCAAGAAGUCUAUAGCUCGCGUAAAAAAGGAUGGCAUGGACAACUUUUAUGAGAUUCUGAUGAUUGCCGCUAAUCAUCUGCAGCAGUUGGUUAUCCUUCAGGCUUCUCUGCAAUUCGUUUUAAAGAAUCAGAAGGCACAAAAACUGGGACAGCCUUCCGAGACGCAGCUAACUAUUUUGCAGAGCAACCUCCAAGGCUACAGGGAUGUGAUCAACGAAAUGUCAAGAACUGUUAAAUAUUUGGGUUCUUUUAGUCCUCACAAAAAUCCACUGUACAUCGAUUUCAACGAUAUCAUCGCCGAACGAAAGCGCAAAAAAGUGCGGAACUACUUCAAGUAUACUACUAUUUUACUUGGAAUCUCUGUUUUCAUUUGCCUAAAGUGCAAAUGGUUCCAAUAGUAUUAAUUUUACAUAUCAUUGAGGUACACAUUCCCAAUUUUGGAAUAUAGCUUCGUUUUUGUAGAGAGCUUUGAAUCAAAUCGUUUAUGUUGGAAAAUCUAAAGAGAUAUUUAGAAAUCUCAUGUAAAAUAUACCAGACUUCUCUAUGUUUAACUGUUACUAAAUUAACUGUUGAAUACUUUCAAGUAUAAUUAAGUUAAAAAGUUCACAAAAUAUAUUAAAUAAAUCUAAAGACAAUAUGUAAGGAAAAAACGAAUAAACGAGAAUACCUGAAUCUCAUGAGGUUACCUGAUGAAGAAUAUCAAA